AAACUGACUUUCUAACAAAAUGUUGUUUCGACAUUUGCUGCUUUCAUGCAGUUUGCUACUGUGGAAUUGCCAAGAAUCAGUCUCAUCAGCUUCCAAUGAGAAAUAUUACGCAGCUACAUUUGCAAAGGUCAAUUGGUUUCAAGCUCAAUCGGCUUGUCAGCGCUCAAAUAUGAUGCUAGCUUCCGUCACAAGUCUCCAGCGUCAUCUUCAAGUGAUUCGCAGCAUAAGUCUUAAUGGUCAUUUGUUGGGCCAUGAGAAAUUUUGGCUCGGUGGCAACAACUUGGGGGAUCUCAGCACUUGGAAUUGGAUGAGCCGUGGUCUACCCUUUGGUUAUAAGAAAUGGGCUAAAGACGAGCCACGAUCGGCAUUGACAGGACAGGAAGGCUGCUUGGCAAUGGGAUUGGAUGAAGACUGGCACAGCGAGGAUUGCAACAAUGAAUAUUACUUCGUUUGCGAAAGACAAUGCAACUCAAGUGCUACAUUCGAGCCACUUUACAUUUAAAUAAGUCAGGAGAACAGAAAUUGAAACAAUUUUGAAAUUCUUAAUAAAUCUUAUAUGCGAGUUCAUCUAAAAGUCUAAA